ACGUGCAAUCUUGAUACAAACAUACUUUGUUGCACCUUAAAUUUUGCGCAGUUUUGAGUCAAAUAAUAUUACUACAUUAUUCACAAUACGACUUACUGAUUGUUAGUUUCCAAUGUCAUACAAAUCGUUUCUCAAAAUGGCAGAUAUGAUGGUAUUGUUUAGAUUCCGAUGUUUAGAAACGCCAAAAUACAUCAUAAUUUAAAAUUCAUUGUAUUGAUUUCGGGAUCUUGAACCCAUUAAGCGAAACUUUAGUUUGUUUGUUUCUUUCAUUUCUUUUACAUGAGAAACACUCAGAUAUUGUUAUUUCAAGUUUCAAAAAUCUUUUAGUUGAAAUUUUAAACUUAUUCAGAAACCUAUUUCCAAGUAGUUUAAUCUAUCGGCUUUACUGGACUGCUUUUCAUUUUAAUUAAACACAAGAAAUCAAAAACAUACAUCUUUCAGCUUUUUGUAGUAAUCAGAGUUAUCAAUUCGACACUCGAAAUCACACCUCAAAUUAGUUAGCGACAACAAUGGGCGCUCUGUUGUGUUGUCCGCCGGAUGAAGAUGUGCAGCGGAACAACGAGAUAGACAUGAAUUUGAAGAAGGACGCGGAGAAGCUGAGGUCCGAUGAGAAACUACUGCUGCUGGGGGCGGGCGAGUGCGGAAAAAGCACGGUGGUGAAGCAAAUGCGGGUGAUUUAUGCGGACGGAUUCAGUCGGGAUGAGAAGCUCAAGUUCAGGGCCAUAGUGCGGGACAAUGCAAUCAGAUCAGUGGCCAUGAUACUGCAGGCCAUGAAAAACCUGGGCAUAGUUUUCGAGAACGGAGACCUGGAGGAGAAGGACUCUCAGAUCAGGGAGUUCCAGUUGAACUUUGACCCCUUGAAUAACAAUAUCCCGAAUAGCAUCGUGAGUGCCAUUGUUGCUGUGUGGCAGGAUCCAGGACUACAGUCUUGCUACGUCAGAUCGAACGAGUACCAGCUGAUAGACUCUGCCAAGUACUUCAUAGAGAAGAUUGACGAGAUCUCAAAGGAGAGCUACGAGCCAUCUACAGAUGACAUUAUCCGAGCACGACAGCAGACACAGGGCAUAGUUGAAAUAGAAAUCAACAUCCGAACCAACAACAGCGAGGGCAGAUUCCGAAUCAUAGACGUUGGCGGUCAGAGGAACCAGCGCAAGAAGUGGGUGCAUGCUUUUGAUGAUGUCACUGCCCUCAUAUACGUGGCCUCUUUGAAUGACUAUGACCUCACGCUCUUUGAAGACACGAGAAAAGGAACCAAUCGAAUGGCCGAGAGUCUAAAUCUCUUCGAAAACACAAUUCAAAUGAGCGUCUUCAAGAAGAAAAGCGUGGUUCUAUUUCUGAACAAAACAGACCUCUUCCGAGAGAAAGUGGUGCGAUCCCCUAUUGAGAAAUACUUCAAGGACUAUUCAGGCGGCCCAGACUACAAAAAAGGGGCGGAGUACUUCACAGAUCAGUUUAUGAGCAAAAACCAGACGGAGAAUAGAAAUAUAUACCCUCACUUAACGUGCGCGACUGACACGGAAGCUCUGGCUCAUUUGAUAAAUGUGGUGGCUGAUACAAUUAUUCAGCAGAACUUAUCAGAAGUCGGACUCAUGUAAACUUAUAAGCUUAAUUUUAAAAUACAAUUGUCAGUUCUGCUGUUUUUUGCCAUUUCAUUUUUUGGAAGUAUAUGAAAAGCAGUAGAUAGUAAGUUCUGUAUUUCGUCGAAAAUCAGCCAUAAGUAUUU